AUGACCGAAACGUCGUCACCUCCGGCUCUGAAACGCAUCCCCUCGAGCAAUAACCCCAACAACAAUCUGGAACCGGUCAAAGACCGGCGCAGAAGACGGUCGUCAAGCAUCAUAUCGCACGUAGAACCAGAAACUUUGGAAGAGGAAAACGACCAGCAAAUGCUGCCCAACAUGAACGCCUCAUGGGUCGACCAGCGGGGCGCGUGGGCCGUGCACAUCGUGAUCAUCAUGCUGCUCAAAGGGUUUUUCAAGCUGCUGCCUGGAAUCACCAACGAGUGGUCCUGGACGCUCACCAACACCACCUACGUGAUAGGCUCCUACGUGAUGUUUCAUCUGGUCAAGGGCACACCCUUCGACUUUAACGGCGGUGCCUACGACAACCUUACCAUGUGGGAACAGAUCAACGACGGCAUGCUGUACACUCCAAGCCGCAAAUUUCUCAUCCUGGUGCCCAUAGUACUGUUUCUGGUGAGCACCCACUACUCGCGCUAUGACCUGCAGCUCUUUUUGCUGAAUUUCUCCCUCACCACGUUCGUGGCUGUUGUUCCUAAACUUCCUCUCACGCACAGACUCAGAAUCACAAUUCCCUUCUUAACCGGCCCCGCUCAAAUCAAGUGA